AUGAGCGCAACAGAAACCAUCGCCCUCUCCAGCGUAGCCCCAAAAGCUCCAGAGCCCAUCCCCCACCCAUUCGACACACCAGGAAACCCGCCUUCCUCGUCCCCAUCCUCAUCAAGCACCCGUCUCAGCAUCCCUUCCACUCCUCCAAACCACGAGCAAAACAUCGCACUUGCCCAGUCUGCAAAGUCCAAACUGUCUACACCACGGCUAGUCCUUACUAUCUUCGUGCCUUCCCUCAUCGGCUUCUGGGCCUCUUUCACAAAUGGAAUCAUCACCGUCGGACUACCCGUUAUCGCGCGCUCGAUCAGUCUCGAGCGCGCGCUGUAUCUCUGGCCGCAGAGCGUGUAUGGUCUGACUUCUGGCGCCGUCCUGCUUAUCGCUGGGAGCGUUGCAGACAUCGUAGGCGCACGGAGCGUCGAACUACUCGGCGUCUUCCUCCUAGGUGCCAUGACGCUGGCGUGUGGUCUGUCUCAAACGGGCAUCCAGCUCGUUGUUUUCCGCGCGAUUCAAGGCGUUGCCCUGGCGAUGCACUUGCCUGCGUCGGUGUCUAUCAUCACGGCUGCGGUGCCAGCGGGGAGGGCGCGGAACUUGGGGUUUGCCUGUCUGGGGAUGAGUCAGCCGCUGGGAUUCUCUGUUGGGCUGGUGUUGAGUGGGAUUAUGAUUGAGAAAGCGGGAUGGCGAUCGGGGUUUUACUUGAGUGGUGGGGCGACGCUUGUUGCUGCUAUGGCUGCGUACUGGGCAUUGCCGAAGGUCAAUACUGCGGUUGUUGCUGGGGGACGAUCUACCUGGGAGCGGUUGAGGAAAGAUGUCGAUUGGGUUGGAGGUAUCAUUGCGAGUGGAGGAUUGGCUAUCUUGGCUUACGUGCUUGCCGUCCUGAGCGCCGAUCUAUCCACCAUCCGAUCCGCACAAACAGCCUCCCUCCUCGCCAUCAGCCUCGUCCUCCUCCUAGCCUUCCCAGUCUGGAUGCACUUCCAAACCCGCGCCGGGCGACCCGCUCUCAUCCCCAACAGCCUCUGGAAAAACACCCCCUUCACCUCAACCUGCAUCAUGGUCGCCCUCUCCUACGGCGUCAUGAACUCGGGCGAAAUCUUCUCAAGCUUGUACUUCCAGGAGGUGCAAAACGCGUCUAUACUAGCGACAUCGCUGUACCUGCUGCCCAACCUCAUGACAGGCGUGUGCAUCAACCUCACUGUUGGGUUGGUCGUGCACCGCGUUCCUGCUCGCUGGCUUGUCUCCGGCUCAGCUGUCAUCUGCGCGUGUUCGCCGCUUAUGAUGGCGCUUGUUAAUCCAGACUGGAGUUACUGGUAUCUGGAGUUCUGGGCACAGGUCUUUGCGCCUUUCAGCGGAGAUGUGCUUUUCACCGUUGGCCUGAUCAUCGUCUCGGAUAGCUUCCCCGAGAAGACGCAGGCGCUCGCCGGUGCAGUCUUCAACACAGUCGCACAGUUCGGAAUGAGUCUGGGUGUCGGUGUAUGCCAGGUCGUUGCACUCGGUGUCAUGGAUAGCAGCAGUGGCGGAGGCCAAGCUGGGAAGGAGGGAGAAGCUUUUGAAGAGAACGCCGGGCAGGUGUUGAAGGGCUACAGGGCGAGUUUCUGGACUAUGUUUGGGUAUAUGCUGGUUUGUGUUGUGAUUGCUGUGGUUGGGUUGAGGAAGGCGGGGAAGGUGGGGUUGAAGAGGGAGUAG